ACCGAACAAAAAUAAAAAAACAACUCAAAAACUUGUUUUCUCAAAUCAAAGUCGGGCAAAUAUUGCGCACUUUCGUGCUACCUCGCUUUUAAGUUUCGCGAACGCGCGCUUACCUUCAACAUCACCAGCAACAAAUACACUACAACAACAUGGCUGUGGACGGACAACGCUUCAUGACCAAAACGCAACACUAUCGCAAGGUAACAAAGCCGUUGCUCGAACGUAAGCGACGCGCACGCAUGAAUCUCUACCUGGACGAGCUGAAAGAUCUCAUUGUGGACACCAUGGAGGCGCAAGGUGAACACAUUGCCAAGCUGGAGAAGGCCGAUAUAUUGGAGUUGACAGUGAAUUACUUGCGUACGCACAAGCACGAAAUUGCCGCCAGCGUUGCACAGCAUCAAUCAGCGUUGAGCGGGGGUCCAGCUGGACGUGGCGUAAAUGUGGAGAAAUUUCGCGCCGGCUACACGCAAGCAGCAUACGAAGUGUCGCGCGUGUUUGCCACAGUGCCUGGUCUGGAUGUGAAAUUCGGCACGAAACUUAUGAAACAUUUGGGUUAUCAGCUAAAGGAUUUGCAACAGGUACCAUUGGCGCUACCACCGCCACAUGCGGCGCGCGCAACGCAGUCGCCCGUUAGUGGUGAGGAGGCGCUUAAUUUAGAGGUAGUCAAACGUGCUGAUGCGAUAUCACCGACGGCAGCAUAUCUGGAUGCUGAGUAUAUGAGACGCGCUUACCAACAACAACAACAACA